AUGAUUGCUUUAGAGAGGUGCGAAGUUUUAGCAGAGAAGCACGAGAGGGAAAUGAGGAAGGACAGAGAGGGAAAGAAGGACGAUUCGUCCGUGAGGACGGAGAUGUCGGACGAGGCUAUGUCAGACUGCAGCCUCAUAACAGUAGAGACCAGGCCCAGAUCGGAGUCUGAGUCUUCUGGCAAUGCGUCUGGCGCAGCUUCAGGCCGUCUGUGGAAGGGGCCGAAGAGGCCGCGACUUGGGGAGUUCGACGUACAACUCUCAAUGUCCUCGGAUGAGGAAAUGAAAGAUGCGUCGUCACCCACUAGAGGGAGAGGCAGACCACCCACUACGGGUAAAUACGUUGGGCUAGCUAAGGCCAGGGAGGCCCUCAACAGGGCUAAGAAGGAAGAAAUGCGCUUGCAGGUUGAGCAGGACAUGUUGAGGACCUCACUAACGUCUAGAUUCCGCCGCGAAAAGCAGCGGUCUAUUGAACGCGAGAUUGGGCCAAUGACCGACGAUAUGUCAGCGGCCCAAAUCCAAAAACGAGCGCUGGAUGAAGUGGCGCUGAUAUCGUCGAUCGCCACCAAGUCCACAAAUUUGAAGGGGACAUUUGUGCGCGAACUCAAGAACGCGGCAUCCUCCAUCAAAGAGGCGGUUGAGGUCUUGAGUUCACGCACCAUAUCGGAUGAGACACGGCAACUGCAGGCGGACAAUGCACGUCUGCAAGCUGAAAUGGCCAGCCUGCGAAAGGAGUUGGCCACCUUAAGGAGUGACUUGGAGAAGUCGCGGAAGCAGGGUCCCGCGUCCUUUCCCCCGGAUACGACAGAGGGGCUGCGCCCUGACCCGCAGCUCGCUCAAUCCAAGGCGAGAACUGAAGUGCCCAAUUCGCUACCUUCAGUGAUGGAAGAGGUCUGUCGGACGGUGUUGACCCAGGUCGGGACGAUGCUGAAUGCUCGUCUGGCAGCACUGGAGGACAGGCUCCUUCCAGAGAAACGGAUCCGGCCACCACUGGCGGCUGACAAGAGGAAGGCGACAAGGCAGCCCGCAUCGUAUGCGGACGCCACACGCGUGCCAGGCCCAAGCCAGCCUGCUGAAGAAGGGCGCCACGCUACGGAGACGCCACCUGCUCGCCCUGCAAGUCAGCCAGCGGCGGCAAAACGCCCUACUGACCUUUCUGCACCCAAGGAGGCGCAAUGGCAGAAGGUCAGCCAGAAGAGGGCAAAGAAGAAGGACAAGGGUGGCUCGCAGUCGCAGCCGCAAAAGACGCAGCGGGGAGGGGGGCCGGGGACUGCAAAAUCAGGGCCUAAACUUCGCCCGCCUCGUUCUUCGGCUGUCGUGCUCACACUGCAGCCGGAAGCCGAGAAGAGAGGCGCCUCAUAUGCCGGGGUAUUGGCUGAAGCCAGACAAAAAAUCGCUCUGUCUGACCUCGGCAUAACCAGUCUCCGGUUUAGGAAAGCCGCUACUGGGAGACGCAUUCUCGAGCUGCCUGGCGCCUCCAGCGCCGAAAAGGCGGAUGCCCUUGCUCUCAGGCUGAAGGAGGUGGUCAGCGAGGAGAUCGCUCGAGUCUCAAGGCCGGUUAAAUGUGCUGAUAUGCGCAUAACGGGCCUUGAUGACUCGGUCUCAAAAGGAGAUGUCGCUGGCGCUGUGGCAAAAGUUGGUGGUUGUCCUCCAGAGCAAGUGCUGGCGGGAGAAAUAAGGCAAGACGCGGGGGGCCUGGGUACAGUGUGGCUGCGUUGUCCAGUGGCAGCAGCCAAGAAAGUGCUUGAGGGUGGCAGGCUACUCGUCGGCUGGGUGUCAGCCCAAGUCAAGGUGCUAGACGAGCGGCCCCAGCGGUGCUACCGCUGCCUGGAAUUCGGCCACAUGAGGGCGCUUUGCACUGCCGAGAUCGACCGCAGCGACACUUGCUAUCGCUGCAGUCAGACUGGCCACAAGGCGAGGGGGUGCACUGCCGUACCGCACUGCAGCGUGUGUGCGGCAGCCGGAAGGGUGGCAAAUCACCGAGGAGGCAGCAGCGCUUGCAUAAAGCGCAGCAAGAAAAGAGGAGGACGCAUGACUGGCGAUGGCCCCCGGGUCCCCUCGCAGCCUGCCCGCCCAUCCACGAACGCGCAAGCUAGUGGGGGGGCAAAGGAGGUGCCUAUGACUGAGGGGUAG